AUGCCACCGUCUCCCUCUUUCUCCCUCCCGGCUGGAUUAUCACCUAAACUCCACGAAUCCCUAUCCAGAAACCGAAAUCUAAAACGAAAAUUCCGUUCCUUCUGCUUCGUUUCUCUUCAUUAAUCUCCAAUUUUUAGGCCUUUCCGUUCUUAACUUUGUUGUGUCUCAAGCUUUGCCCCUCUGAUUGUCGAGUGUUUGCUUUUUUUUUUUUUUUUUUUCUCUACGGUUAGGGUUCUUAGAUAUCUCAAUUUUUGAAGAGAUUUAUAUUGUAAUAUACAUCUUCGAUGGAGGUUUCGGUGAUCGGAAGCUCUCAGGCGAAGAUAGCGGGCGAUUUGGCCCAUAGAGAUAUAGCGUUGUUCUGUAAUUUGGGCCGCAAGAUCGUGAAUCGCAAGUCAAAUAUUGGCUUUGGUCAACCCAUCGGAUGGUCAGAAAGAUCGGCGGUUCGGCUCUACCUUAAAGCUGCCGCCCAACCAGAAGCGGUUGUGUCUGAUAACGUUUCCAGGAAAACGUCGACUUGCCGUCCUAGAUCCAUGCCGAAUAAUCGAGCAAGGAUAUCUGUCGGCCUGCCAGCUGAUGCAGUUUCUGGGAGUAGUACAAUAAACCAUGCUGGAGCAAUUGCUGUUGGAUUGAGAGCUUUGAAGUUACUGGGGGUGGAUAGUGUAGAGCUUCCAGUAUGGUGGGGAAUAGUUGAAGGAGAAGCCAUGGGGAAGUAUGAAUGGUCGGGCUACCUUGCACUGGCUGAAAUGGUCCAAAAAGCAGGUCUCGAGCUCCACAUCUCACUCUGCUUCCAUGCUUCGAAAGAGCUCAAAAUUCCUCUCCCUGAAUGGGUUUCCCGGAUUGGAAAAAGUCAGACUAGUAUCUUCUUUACAGAUCGCUCAGGACAGCAGUAUAGAGAUUGCCUAUCAUUGGCUGUGGAUGAGUUAUCUGUUCUUGAUGGGAAGACUCCAAUCCAAGUUUACAAAGAGUUCUGUGAGAGCUUUAAAUCCGCCUUCUCUCCUUAUCUGGAUUCUACCAUUACGGGAAUAUCAAUUGGUUUAGGACCGGGUGGCGAGCUUAGGUACCCUUCUCACCACCAUUCAGCAAGGACUAAUCAUAUUCGUGGGGUCGGAGAGUUCCAGUGUUAUGACAAGAAUAUGCUUAACCUUCUCAAGCGGCACGCUGAAGCAGCCGGGAACCCCCUCUGGGGUCUGUCCGGUCCUCAUGAUGCUCCGAGUUAUGACCAGACCCCAAAUUCUAACACCUUUGUCAAAGAGCAUGGAGGGUCAUGGGAGACUCCAUAUGGAGAUUUCUUUCUGUCCUGGUAUUCAAACCAGCUCCUAUCGCAUGGCGAUCGCCUACUGUCCCUCGCCGUCUCAGUCUUCGGUGACACUCCAGUGAAGGUGUCCGGCAAGGUCCCACUCGUUCACUCUUGGAACCGAACUCGUUCCCACCCAGCUGAGCUAACAGCUGGGUUCUAUAACACGGACAACAGAGAUGGCUAUGAAGCAGUCGUGGAGAUGUUCGCCAGGAAUUCAUGCAAAAUGAUAUUGCCUGGAAUGGACUUGUCAGACAAAUACCAGCCUCGUGAAGCUCCAUCUAGUCCCGAGUCAUUACUCUCACAAAUCACAACAGCUUGCAGAAAGAGAGGAGUCGAGGUUUGGGGCGAAAAUUCGUCGGUUUCAGGAGGAGCUCCUCCUCCUAAUGGCUUUGAACAGAUCAAGAAAAAUCUGUUGGAUGAAAAUAGGGUGGUGAACCUGCUCACGUACCAGAGGAUGGGAGCUUAUUUCUUCUCUCCAGUGCAUUUUCCUUCAUUCACUAAUUUCGUCCGUAGCCUAAAUCAAGCAGACUUAAAUUUGGAUGACAUGGCUGGUAGUGAUGAAGUAGAAGCUGCUGAUCUCCAAAUGCAAGCUGCCUAGUCUGUUGACCAAAACAACAACAUAUCCAGCUUUUAUCCCACUAUGUGGGGCUGUGUAAUCUGUUGACCAGAUAGAAUAUUUAUUUAGUGUACAUAAGAGGAUUGCAAUCUAUAAUUAGUAUGUCAAAUGAGUGUGUAUAUGUAGGGAGUCCACUUGGAUUAAGGACUUUCUAGUUUGUCUAUGUGCUGUAGUAGAAGUGCAGGAUUCCUAUUCUUAUGGUCUAUUCUGUUUGCUCGGAACUGGGUUCAACAGGAUUGCUUUUCAAGCCAAUAAAAAAUAUAGUUUGCAUGUCUGGCUCAA